AUGACGUUUGGAGCUGCCUGUUCGCCUUGUAUUGCCCAUUAUGUGAAGGAAAUACAUAAAGUUGCUGGUUUUGAAAUGCUCAGGAGACAUAGUGUACUUUGGGACGAGAUGUUGCCCAUUGUUGCGUCAUUACAAGCGAUGUGGAAUAAAUGGCGCCAAGAGCUAAGAAAUGUUGUCCAUGUAAAGGUUCCACGAUUUUAUUUUGGAAAUGGUUUGCCCUUGGAGUUAGAGCUGUAUAUUUUUGUUGAUGCCAGUGAAGAUGUUUGGAGAUGGUUGCCUACAGUUCUCAAUGUUGCCGAUGAUACUACAAGAGCUAAAAAUGAAGUUGAUUUUUCCAUUGAAACACGUUGGUUCCAAGGGCCACAAUUUUUGUAUGAAAACGAAGCUGACUGGCCGAAUAAGAAUUCUGAGAAAUCUGAUGAUUUGUGUGAAGAAGAACUACGCCCCAAAUUUGUUAUGCUGGUUAGUACAAAUUUAGUAAUUGAUUUUAAUCGUUUUUCUUCAUUUCUCAGGCUUAAACGAACAAUGGCUUGGGUUCUGAGAUUUAUCAAUCGCUGCCGAAAAUAUGAUAAAUGUAAUGGUUCGAGAUGCCUGUGUGCUGAAGAGUUAAUGGUUGCUGAAACUAGUCUGUGUCGUCUGUCCCAAGAAGAGUGUUUCGCCUUUGAAAUAAACGUUUUAAAAUCUGGUGGUUCUUUAAAAAAGGAUAACGUGUUAUUUUCCCUUUCGCCUUAUUUUGAUGAAAAUAAUUUACUUCGAGUGAGCGGUCGUAUUGAUGCUGCGAGUUGGUUGCCUUUAGAUGCCAGGCACCCCAUUAUUUUGUCGCCCUGUCACCGCUUUACACAACUAUUUGUUGCCCAUGUGCAUAAUAAAAUGAGACAUCAAAAUUUUGAGGCUACCAUAGGCGAAAUAAGGAAAAGAUUCUGGAUUCCACGACUUCGAAAUCUGUUGAGUAAGACCACAUCAAAUUGCAACAUUUGUAAGAUUCGUCGUGCUGUUCCAGUAGCUCCUUUUAUGAGAUCGUUGCCAAGUGAUAGACUAACUCCAUAUGUCCGGCCAUUUACUUAUACUGGUGUUGACUAUUUUGGCCCAUUAAAUGUGACUGUUGGUAGACGCCAUGAAAAACUUUGGGUUGCCCUGUUUACGUGCCUUACAAUCAGAGCUGUACAUUUAGAAGUGGCCUAUGAUCUAUCUACUGAUUCGUGUAUUUUGGCUAUACGGAAUUUUAUAAAUCGUCGUGGCACCCCGUUGAAGAUUCGGAGUGAUAACGGAAAGAAUUUUGUUGGAGUUAACCAAGAAGCCCAGCGAUUUGAUGAAGUAUUUGAUCUGGUUAAAAUUGAAGAUGAGUUGUCCACAAGGGGCAUUGAAUGGCAGUUUAAUUGUCCACAUAAUCCUGCAGAAGGUGGAAUAUGGGAGCGAAUGGUUCAAUGUGUUAAAAAGGUUUUAAGAGUAACCCUAAAAGAAGUCGCCCCAAAAGAGCACACCUUGCAAAGUUUUUUAAUUGAAGCCGAAAACAUCGUGAACUCUCGCCCAUUGACUCACUUGCCUGUCAGUCCGGAAGACGAAGAACCAUUGACGCCUAAUCAUUUCUUGUUGGGUUCUGCAAAUACGGCUCAAACGCCAGAAGGUAUUGAAAUUACAAAGCCAGUGGUACUGAAGAAGCAGUGGCGAAUUGCUCGACAGCUACGAGAUCAUUUUUGGAAAAGAUGGAUUGUGGAAUAUUUGCCCACACUUACAAGACGGUCCAAAUGGUGCGAACAUACGAAGCCUGUGGCCCCGGGAGAUCUUGUACUAAUUUGUGAUCCAGCUGUUUCCCGCCGAGAUUGGAAGAGAGGUCGUGUCGUAAAUGUGUUUCCUGGCAGUGAUGGUGUAAUCCGAAGAGCUGAUGUCCAAACAAGUAGUGGAAUACUUAAACGCCCAGUUUCCAAACUAGCAGUCCUUGAUUUGGAGUAG